AGGGUUUCAAAACUCGUCGUUUCAUCAUUUUUUACAUCGCCCAACAGCAAUUCCUCCAACGGCGAAGUGCGGGAACGUCACACAGGGAAAACGUGUCAGGGAGAGUGAGCGACUGAGGGAUUGAAACGCCUAUCAGCCUCGUUACCGUCCUUUCCAGAGACCUCCUGCUACGGUGUUCAUAUGUGUCUCACAUGAAUUUUGUCAGUCAUGAAAAUCUUCCGUGUGGGGAUCUGACCACUACUCAUAAGGCUGUUAUUGGAUGUGGCACAAUGGACCUCUAUUCAGCCAAUCCUGGACCAAUUGAUGAUUCUGUACUUUAUGAUCAAGAUAAGCAUGUCUCAUCUGCUGUUUGGGAGGGGCAGGAACGUGGUGCACUUAGAUGUCAUGAACACACUUCUAAGCUUGAUCAAUGGAUGCUUACAGAGAAACAGAUUGGGUUAGUGGAAAGAGCUGGAUUUGGGUACUUAAGAUUGAUUCCAGCAAUUAGUCUAGACAAUCCCCUUAUAUCUGCAUUAGUUGAGAGGUGGAGGAGGGAAACAAAUACAUUCCACUUGAACGUAGGAGAAAUGACAGUGACACUUGAAGAUGUUGCAUAUUUGCUUGGACUAGCAAUUGAUGGGGAGCCUGUUAUAGGUGUAACUUAUACCACUUGUGACUUUGUAUGUGAAAAGUUUUUAGGAAAGGCACCAGACUCAGGAUACACAAGUGGUGGAAUGGUGAAACUGAGUUGGUUGAAAGAGUUUUUCUCUCAAUGUCCUAAUGAUGCAUCAAUUGAAGAUGUUGAACGCCAUACACGUGCUUACCUUUUGUACCUUGUAGGUAGUACAAUAUUCUCCACCACUACAGGUAACAAAGUCCCUGUCAUGUACCUUCCAUUAUUUGAGAAUUUUGAUCAAGCUGGGACAUACGCCUGGGGUGCAGCAGCAUUGGCGUUCUUGUAUAGAGCACUUGGCAAUGCAUCCCUUAGAUCUCAGAGUACCAUAAGUGGCUGUUUGACACUACUCCAGUGUUGGAGUUACUAUCACCUGAACAUUGGCCGACCAAAGCUUAAUCAUGACCCACUCCAUGAUUCAUUUCCACUUGUACUUAAGUGGAAAGGAAAACAGAGUGGCCCAACAACAAACCGUGAUGUAACCUACUACCGUAAAGCAUUGGACACUUUACAACCAAAUGAUGUUGAGUGGCUUCCUUACAUAAUGAUGACCAAUAUGGGUGUUCCAGAAGGUAUUAAAAAUAGCUUGAUUUUGGGGAGAUCAAAGACGAUGUUGAUUUGUUUUGACAAGGCAGAAAGGCACGUCCCAGAUCGUUGCCUAAGGCAAUGUGGCUUACCCCAACCAAUCCCGAAAGAUGUGCAGCGGUGGGAGAGGAAGAGUCGUGGGGUUGAUGGCGGGGUGGACUUAUCUUUGAAAAUGGAAUCAGAACUUAAUGAAUGGUCAGAGCGUCGGCUUAAUAUUGUGGAAGAUGAUGAAGGUGUAUAUGAAAGUGAAUACAUGCAAUGGUACUUGAAUAUAACGCGCAAAUUUGUUGGAAGGCCUGUUCCUCUCUCAUCUGAGUUCCAGAGAAUGAAUGCUGCUUUGAGGGACAUUGCGCACAUUGCAGAUACAGUUUCGACACAGGGGAUGGACGAUCAACAAAUACAGUCAGUGACAAGGAUCAGGUAUAUUGUGCAUGAAUGUUUGAGGGACCAGGUUGGAGGUUCAAUGUUAUUGUCAAACAGCCCGCAAAAUGAUCUUCGGAAAAGGAUAAGGGGAAAGGAGAAGGUGAGAAGGAAGGGCAUGGGCAAACGUAAGAGAAAGGAUGAUCCGGAGCAACUGCUUGCAUCUGCUGAUGAUGACCAACUGCAGUUAACUGUUGUGGCUGGGGAGAUUGAUGAAUCUCAGAUAUGUCAUGUAGAUGGUGAGGUUGAGCACGUACAGCUGUGCCAUGCAGCCUGUGAAGGCGAGCAGCCUUCUCAUGCACCCAAUGUGGUUGAUGACUCACAGCUGUAUGAUGCUACUGAUCUCUGUCAUGCAGUCGAUGAGAAUGAUACAAAACCAUUGGAGACACCUGUAGAGGCUGUUCUGCAGUCAUCUCUUGGGAGCGGUGAGGAUAUUGCACAGCAGAAUGAUCAGAGUGUUCUAGUUUAGAGACCAUUGCCAUUAUGAUUCAAUUUUUUGUAUAGCUUAUUCUUUUAACAGCACAUAAAAGGUCUGUGUGGUUCUACUCUAUCAGAUGUCAUGUACUAUUUCCAUUCAUGUCGUGUUUGGCUUUGCAUUCCCUCAAAAAAGUCCUUGAUUUUGAAUCUUUAUUGCAGGCAACUUGGACCAACUUUGUGGGUGCUCACUAACUUUGGUAGAACAACUAGGAAAGCAUGCUGAAGUGGUGGCUUCCGAUGGAUUUUACCUUGGCUGCAAAUUGGCCACUUGACCUUAACAUAUUAAUUCACAUUUAUUCGGUCACCAUGUACCUGCACUGUCAUGCAUCGAAGAUGAAAAUAUCUCACUUUUUUUAUUUGAAUUUUUUUUAGUCUUAUUUUUAUGGUCAUUGUAUUUUGAUGUAGAGAUGACCUUAAAAGAUUGGUUUCAAAAGAAAGGUAUUGAGAUUUUUUACUUA